AUGACAAUAGAACUGCUUACAUUUCAUUUGCAACAAUUUGAUAUAAUUAGGGAAGAAGAAAUAGCAACAGUCCCUCAAAUUGCUGAGUUUAUUGGGCUUUUUCAUGCAAGAUGGUUUCUGAAAGCACCAUUGGCAGUUUCUUCUCCUUCUUUAGACUUAUGUGCAAUCAGGGAUAUGACCAAGUAUGGAUCAUUUAACAAAACUGUGUCAACUACUGCUAUUAAAAGUAUUAAAAAUCACUUAUGGUUUCUUACAGAACGAAAUGCUGUGUUUGCUCUUUGCGACGAAACACUUGACAACAACAUUAGAGAAAAAAUUGCCAAAAAGCUAUUUUUAUAUCCUAGACCUUCAAAUUUAACAUUGGGAAAACCACUUUUUCCAAAUAUUGACAUAAAAAAAAUUCCAGAGUUAUGGCAACUGGUUGGACCUCAAAGUUGGAUUCUCAUUCAGCAGCUAAAUUUAUCUGUAAUAGAAACAGAAUGGAUGCAAGUUAGCUCCAAAGAUUGGAAUAAUUUCUCAGGAUAUAGAGUUCUGAAAACAUUCGUAGAAAAAUUAACAGUAGUAAAUGAUUGUGCUGAGAGAGGAGUAAAGCUCAUCCAAGACUUUACACACAUUUGCCAGGAUGAGGAGUUAAAGCAAUCUUUGAUGAUUUCAAUUUCAAAUCACAGACAAAAGUUUUCAGUCAAUUCCAAAAAGAAUUUGUCUGAAAUUCUUUAACAUGCAAUUGUUAC